AUGGCCGAGGCCGUCGACUACCAGGGCAGCCCAUCCUCGGCGGUGGCCGCUGUCCCCGCCUUCGAGGAGGAGACCGAUGAGGGCAGGUGUGUCCGGAUCCUCUCCACCUUCGGCUUGGACCUCAGCCUCGCCGUCGCCUCGGCCCCCGUCGACCCCGACUCGACUGAUCUGGCAGCUCCAGCUCUGCCGCUUGGGGCGGAUCUGGUCAGGCCCGCGCCGCCUGCUCUACGUCACCUGGCUGGCGUCGCCUGGAAGCUGGUAAACCUGCCCUUCGACGUGAUCGCGGGCGGAAUGGGCGUCGUCCUGGGCACCCUGCGACACGGCGCACGGGCGUUCAACGGCGCGCUCGCCUUCCUCGGCUUCUCUCCUGGGCAGCACAAGCUCUCCUCAGAUGCCGUUGGGACUAGGGCGACACACCUUCCCCGUGUCGUCUUGGUCCUCCAAGGCGCAAUGUGCAAGCGAUGCGUUCUACUUGCCCGGCGUGGAGAGCCGGGGUCCCAAACACAAAUGGACGGCUGCUGA